UUUUAUAUAUGUGAGCACACUGUAGCUGUCUUUAGACACACAGAAGAGGGCAUCAGAUCCCAUUACAGAUGGUUGUGAGCCACCAUGUGGUUGCUGGGAAUUGAACUCAGGACCUCUGGAAGAGCAGUCAGUGCUCUUAACUGCUGAGCCAUCUCUCCAGCCCCCAAAUACUUAAUCUUUAAAAGAUUUUUUUUCCCUAAAGACAGGUUCUGGCUACUCAGUCUAGACUGGCCUUGAACUCUUGAUACUCUUGACUCUGCUACCGUGGUCAGGCCCCAAAUGCCCAGUCCUGUGAAUUGUUGCUAUGUCUGAGAAGUGGGGGAGGGAAAGGCUCUUGGGAUCAGAGAAGUCACUGGGGAGAGAAGGUGGGAAUCCAGUGGGCUUUUUUGUUUUUUUCUUUCUGCGCUUUGCACUGCCCUUCAAGCCCCUUCAAGGGAAUGGUGUGGAGUAGAAAGAGUCAUCCUGGGUUGGGGAUUUAGCUCAGUGGUAGAGCGCUUGCCUAGCAAGCGCAAGGCCCUGGGUUCGGUCCCCAGCUCCGAAAAAAAGAAAAGAAAAAAAAAAAGUCAUCCUUUCACGGAGUAGAAGUAAAUGGAAAUACUUCAGGAUGGAGAUAAAACUAGGAGUUAGUCAACAUGAAUAUGCCAGAGGUCAGAGAAAAUGCUUGUGGAUGACACAUACUCGGUUUUUGGAAUAGUACAAAAACAUAGCAAUGAAACUUUGGGGAACUUGCUUAACCUGAUUUGUUGCAAGAAGACAAUAGUUCCCACCUCAUAGAGUUCUGAGGGUCGGAGAUGAUGUACGUAUGCAAAGCACUCAGCACACUUCAAUAGCUAGUAAAAGUGGGUGUUUUCCCUACAACUUUCUCCUCCUUUACCAGUAACGUCUUUUUUUGCAUCUACAUGAGGCAUCCACCAUUUGAGUCCUCUAGGAACCUUCGUGAGCUUAGUACCCUUAGUACCCAUCCGAUGCCCCCACUUCCCUUGGUACCUUCCAGCUGGACACAAACUCAUCCCUAAACUAUGCAGAUGGAAGCCUUGGUAACCAUGGAGACAGGGCAGGUGGCACGGAGAGGCAGAGGCAGUGAGCAACAGAUAGGAAGAGACAAGGAGUGAUUCAGGCAGGGACCUUCAAGGGAGAAGGAAGAAUGAGUCCAAGGGGUAAAGAGAUGUAAUGAAAGAACCCAUGCAACAGGGUACGGUCGUCACUCUGUCUUUUUUCUACCUCCUAUAUACAUCCCUUAAAAUACUGUAAAGAGGGAGUUUAAGAAUGCCCCCUGCCCUAAAAAUUCCCUGGGAAAACCUCCUUCCUUACAUUCCUAAGGGACCCAAGGGAAAUGAGAUCCAAGUGUCUCUAUGGUGUGUGAUGUUUGAGGGGGUGCAGCGGGGAUAUUCUGCUAAUUCCAGUCUAUACUUUCCCUGAUAUUUAAACUAUGGGAAGGGAGCCACAUCUCCUGCUUCUCUGCUCUGUGUGGACGCCGCUGCAGAUCCCAACCGCCUCCCUACACCCCUCUGCACAGUGUGCCAUAUGCCGUGUGUGGCAGUCAGGUCUGGCAUACCGGAGCUCAUGGAGAUGUUGAAGAUCAACGGAGAAUCUGGAUGGUUCCUGAAUGGGUCGCGGGAGAGUCCCCUAAGGAGCGCUUAGGAUUUAUAGGUUUAUAUGUGUGCGCAUGGGGGUGGGGAGCGGAUUGGUGCCGGACGCCCCCACCCGCAGAGACUGGGCUAUAAAUAGUACAGAAGAGCUCCGCCCCCAACCCCCCUUCUCUCCUCCGGAGCCGGCGCUGUGCCCGGGGCGCACCGGGAGGAGGGACCAGGAUCCAGCGCUGGGGCGCAGAUACUGACACCAAGGGAAUCCGGGUGCCCCCCCACGCCAUGUGGGCCCCUAGGUACCCGGCUCCUCCACCCCAGAGGCCCCCAUGGCCCCGGCCUCAAUCCUGGCCAGGCAGAGAUUAUGCGGACAUUCAGGUCCCAAUUGCAAGCUGCUCCCCACCGCCACAUUCAAUUUUGGGGGAUGUGGCAAUCUAAAAGAGGGAUAGGCUUCACUACCAAGACCUCAGGCCUCUCCCAACCACCACCCAUCCAUACUCCUAGAUAUCUUCGGCAGGUCCUAGUCCCGGCUCCAUCGGUGCUUUUGCCCGAGCCGCAGCUAUGCUGCACACCGAGGGCCACGCUCUUCUUCGGGCUGUGGGACAGGGUAAGCUACGCUUGGCCCGUUUGCUUCUGGAGGGAGGAGCCUACGUGAAUGAGGGUGAUGCCCAGGGGGAGACUGCGCUAAUGGCGGCCUGUAGGGCCCGUUACGACGACCCUCAGAACAAGGCGCGAAUGGUACGCUAUCUCUUGGAGCAAGGCGCGGAUCCCAACAUCGCAGACCGUUUAGGACGCACCGCGCUCAUGCAUGCUUGCGCCGGGGGUGGGGGAGCCGCAGUAGCCUCUCUGCUCCUUGCCCACGGCGCAGACCCCUCAGUCCGAGAUCACGCUGGCGCCUCGGCGCUUGUCCACGCCCUGGACCGCGGGGACCGCGAGACCCUUGCCACACUGCUGGACGCCUGCAAGGCCAAGGGCACGGAGGUCAUCAUCAUAACCACGGAUACCUCGCCCUCGGGCACCAAGAAGACCAGGCAGUAUCUUAAUUCCCCACCGUCCCCGGGGGUAGAGGACCCUGCACCCGCUCCUCCUAGUCCAGGGGUCUGCACGUCGCCUUCAGAAGUCCAACUACAGACUGCAGGAGGAGGACGCGGGUUGUUAUCCCCUCGAGCCCAGGAAGAAGAGGAGAAAAGAGACGUCUUUGAAUUUCCUCUUCCUAAGUCCCCUGAUGACCCUUCCCCUUCCGAGCCUCUCCCCAAGCCACCUCGACAUCCUCCAAAACCACUUAAAAGGCUCAACUCCGAGCCCUGGGGCCUUGUGGCUCCUCCUCAACCGGUCCCUCCUGCGGAAGGGAGGCCGGGCUUGGAGCGUCUGGCCGCUGAAUUCAAUGGCUUGACCCUGACCGGUAGACCGCGUCUUUCUCGGCGUCACAGCACUGAAGGCCCGGAGGACCCGCCCCCAUGGGCGGAGAAAGUGACGGGUGGGGGUCCUCUCUCGCGCCGAAACACUGCGCCCGAGGCUCAGGAGUCUGGUCUUCCUUCAGGGCUAAGGCAAAAACUGAGCCGCAUGGAGUCUGUGGAGCUCGACACCCCUGGACAUUUUUGCCCUGACUCCCCCGAGUCCAGCCGCUUAUCCCUGGAGCGCCGGCGCUACAGCGCCUCUCCGCUGACCCUCCCUCCAGCGGGCUCAGUUUCCUCCCCACGCCAGUCCCAGGAAAGUCUGCCGGGGGCUGUAUCCCCGCUGAGCGGACGGAGGCGGAGUCCAGGGCUGCUAGAGCGGAGGGGCUCCGGGACCUUGCUCCUGGACCACAUCUCGCAAACACGACCGGGUUUCUUGCCUCCUCUCAACGUCAGUCCCCACCCUCCUAUCCCAGAUAUUCGUCCCCAACCCGGAGGUCGGGCACCCUCACUGCCUGCCCCUCCACACUCUGGGGCACCAGGGUCUCCCAGGACCAAGCGCAAGUUGGUGAGACGCCACUCCAUGCAGACUGAGCAGAUUCGCCUGCUAGGGGGGUUCCAGAGUCUAGGCGGGCCUGGGGAACCAGGGCGCUGAAAGAAAUGAGGGUCUCCAAGGAGGGGGAGGGUAAGGACCCUGAUAGAGGGAGAACCAGCUGAUACCUCGGACACGGGAUCUCUUGCAUGUGCUCCUGGCACUGUGCACGCACACAUGGGUAAGCAUGUGUCCAAAUGCACAGUACACUUACUAGCGAGGAAGGAUAAAUACUGUGUUUACUGGGCGUAUAGACCCACACAUUCAUGCCCUGGUCAUUUCACAAGUACAUGGGAUCACUUGGGAACCCGUAGGCACAGCACACCAACAAACAGAGGACCACUUGUGCUGGGGUCCCAGGCUCACAUUUGUUCAGAAGCAGCAGGGACCCUCCACUCAUGGCUGGUCUCCUGUAUCUUUGCCCUCCUGAAUAAGCAAUCCCUCGCUUUCCAUGUAUGCCCUGCAGCGUGGCCUACCAUACCUUGCUUUCUCUUCAUGACUAUCUCACCCCAGUCUGCAGGCCUUGCUUCUCCAUGCCUGGCUCCUCGCUCACACCCUGCCUCCAUCCGCUUUUCAGGAUGUCUUCUUCACUGUUCUUGGGGUUCCUGAAGCAGCUCCCCAUCUCAGUUCUGUUGCUGCCUUUCAUGCCCUCCACUUCUCAAUUUCCUGCUUUUUAGUUUUUAUUCCCUCCCCCGUGCCCCGCCCCUCAACACACACACACACACGCACACGCACGCACACGCACGCACACACGCACACACACACACCACUACAGAUUGUCUUGUUUACCCCAGGGGUUAUGUCAUGGGCUCAAAGUUGCUCUUCUGUGUGUCUGAGCUUAUGAACAUGCCCCCCUCCCACAGGUAGAAGUGGGGAGCAAGCCUAAGUCUGUCCUCUUACUACUUGACAUGUCAAAUAAAUGUGUUCAGAAGUCUGUUUUGUCACUGCUGCCGAAGGUGUGGGCUGGGGGGGUAAAGAGAGGGAACGGGAGAGUGCUGCUUACAGUCGAAACUACUCAGGGAGCGAAUCUAGAGGUUACAGCUACCUUCUUUCCAGGGACCAGCUGACCAGUAGUGUUUGUAGAAGAAAAGGCAAAUAGGUUCUGUGUUCUGAAGGUUUGAGGGCAUUUGGUAAGCCUUCCUCCAGCCUCCACAUGUCUGAUCUUUAAUGAUAAAAGAUUCUUGAAGUGUCCCCUGAUCCUUAAGCAGAUGUGACUUCCUAUGUCUUCACCACAUGGAUUUUGUUGUUUUAAAUACAGGGUUUAAUUUCAUU